AUGAGCGCAAGUGAGUUUUCGUCAGUCGAUGAGGAGCUCGCUCACUUCAAAAGUAGAUACCUCGAGCUCAAGGAGGAAUUCGACGAAAUGUUGUCGAUGAACAAAGAUUACGAGGCCGAAAUGGAGCAGCAAGUCGAAGAGCUGGAGCAAAAAGAGAAAACACUCCGGGCUGAUAAUCUGAGAAUAACGCAAGAGCUGGAGCAGUACAGAUCUAAACACAGAGAGAAGGAACAAACUCAAGACUCUGAGAUCUCGAGGCUGAAAAGCUCACUUGAACAAGAGACUCAAUCUAAGAGAGAACACGCAGCGAAGUGCCGCGCGUUGGAGCAAGAGCUAGACGACUAUGACCGCAAGUAUCGUCAUUUAGCAACGUCCUUCGAAGAGAUGCAGAAAAACUACGAAGCGGAAGUGGAGCGAAAUGCGUUGCUGGAGACAGAAGUGUCUGAAGGCGUCAAAUUAAAGGAGCUUCUGCAGCGAGAAAAGGACGAGAAACGCGACCUCAAAUCCGAGCUAAAAAUCCGAUCAAGAAUACCAGAGCCAAAACUAGAGACCAUCACAAGUAGCGAUAGUGACAAACAACCAAUCUUGCCCAAACCGGAUCUUGGCGGCGACAGAACGACAGGAUCUCCAAUAGCCGUCGUUAAACCAAGUGCCAUAGAAGGCGUAAGAAGUCCUGCCUACGUCUCGGGUGUUGCUUCAAGGCGUAGCCAAACGAUAUCCAAUCUUUCCUCACACGCUUCGAAUUUGAACCAGACGCCGAGUUCUCCUGCUGCCUCAAACAGGGAGUCUCCUGGCUCUGCGCAACGACUUUCCGCUCUCACAAUUGUUGGUGAUCUGCUCAGAAAAGUUGGAGCGCUGGAAACAAAGCUUGCUUCAUGCCGAACUUUCGUUCGACAAAGUUCGGACGCGGUUAACACGCAAAUUUCGACGACCCCCCGUCGGGGCGAUUCCGCUUCCCGCACCUCACUCUCCGUUAACAACUCCCUUUCGUCAACUUACAGCACGCGAAGCCGUGGAACGCCGGACUCUGCGCGCAUCGGAGAACGACUAGACCCGGGGGUCAGCCGGAACCGCUCGCCAAUUCCGUUCAAUAAGCUCACCGCUCUCAACAUCGCUCCUUGA